AGCAUGCCUUUCAUUCAAGAGAGACCUACGGGACAACAUAAGAAAGGGCACUAGAAAGAAAGUCUUCUUAAUGCAGUGAACCAGACCUAGAGCUCUUCAGCAACAACGUAACUGCACUGACUUCCAGAUAUCAAGACCAGCAUAUUUGGACAGAGAAAAGAUAAUGCACAAUCAUAGUCUCUAUGGAGGAAAGAACUUCCAUCCUUCUUCAAGGAUGUCCAUCCUUUCAGAAAGGCAUCUGCUUCUGCAAGCUGCAAAUGGCCCUGGAGAUUCAGGACUCAUACUCUCAACCGAUGCUAAGCCUAGGCUAAAAUGGACCACAGACCUCCAUAAAAGGUUUGUAGAAGCAGUCAAUCAGCUUGGAGGAGCAGAUAAGGCUACUCCAAAAUCAAUUUUGAAAGCUAUGGGGAUUCCAGGACUUACCUUGUACCAUUUAAAGAGUCAUCUACAGAAAUACAGGCUUAGCAAGAAUCUGCAUGGACAAGCAACCAACGGGACAAACAGAGCUGUGGCAGAAGUAAAAGUGUCAGAAGCAAAUGGACCUCAUCUGAACAAUUCAAGUAUUGGAAUACAAGUUAACAAAAACUUGCAUAUAAGCGAAGCAUUUCAGGUCCAAAUUGAAGUGCAGAGAAGGCUGCAUGAGCAAAUGGAGCAGGCUCAGAGACACAUGCAGCUGCAUAUAGAAGCACAGGGAAAAUAUCUACAGGCUGUGCUGGAGAAAGCUCAAGAGACUCUCGGAAGACACGACUCGGGCUCCGUCGGACUCGAAGCGGCCAAAUAUCAACUCUCCGAGCUGGUCUCUAAAGUGUCCGCCGAUAGCCUAAGCUCCACAUUCCCCGAUGUGGUCGACAUCCAUCUUCACCAGAUGCAAAUGAACCAGAACACCGAUGGUUCGCUCGACAGUUGCCUGACGUGCGAAAGACCGCAAAAGGACCGGGAGGAGGACGUCGACGGAUCGCGAUCGAGGGAUCAUCAUCCUAACCCGUUCCUGCUCCCGUCGGACAUCGCAGACGAUCGCAGGAGGGGUCAGACCGUUCCCGAAGACGCGGAAGAGAGAGUGAAGAGGGCGAUUUGUGAUUUAUCCACGACCUGCGGUUACCGGAGCUCCUCCGAGGGAACGAACGGGCGAGUCGACGAGAAAAUCAAGCUCGCGAGCCCCAGACGAACCAGCGACGACGAGACGGGCUCGAUCGAGGCGGGACGCGAGGGAUUGUCGCUCGGUUACGGAAGCUCUCGCCUCCGAUCGAAGCUGGACCUGAACGUUCGCGACGAAGACCUGAACGGUUUCGGCUGGAGCUAAAAGGCGGCGCUCGCGGCGAGCUUACGGAGGAGGAGACGAAGAGAGUUCGCGUCGCCGAGUUCCGCCGGAGCAACCGCCGGAGUUUGGCGCCGGGGGACGUCCGUCGACUUCGUAGCCCAGUCUGUAGCGGGAAAGUGAGAAUAAAAGCGAAUUGAACCAGAUGCUUUUAGUUCGACCAAAAAAAAAAAAAAAAAACAAACCAGAUGCUUUUAGAGAUUUUUUUUUUUUUCCGCAUUUUCUUUUCACUUAAUAUUUUUAGUGAGGUUUUGAUGAGCGGGAAGAUGGUCAUGUAGUGCGUAAACGGACGAAAAAAAUAUGGUGUCACUCGACACAAAAGAAAAAAAAUUAAGGAAAAAAAUGAAAAAAAAUACAAAACUUAUCUCGUCCAAAA